GACGAAGACUAUGAGAGGCACAGGAUCCGCCUCUCUAUGUACACCGAAGACACUCGAUGCUUGAUCAUCACAAUUACCACGGGAGCACACGAAGUAGCUCACAGGCGACUGAAUAAAGAGGCUGUCUCCCAGAUCGAUCGCAUGGGCCUAGAUGCCAACUGGGAAGAUUAUGGAAAUAAGACUUUCUAUUUUGAACGACGCCGCCCCGGCGACGGGGGUGGAGGAGGAGGUGGCGGCGGAGGAAAGCAAGCAGACUCAUGCGGAAAACCUGUGCCAGAACGUCGCCGAGGGUUUCCAACCCUUGUGAUUGAGUCUGGAUAUUCCCAGACUUUACCAGCAGUGCGGGAAAAGAUCAAAAGUUGGUUUCAAGACUCGAAUCAUGAGAUCAAGAUUAUUAUCUUGGCAAAACUCUUUCCGACUGAACGCAGAAUACUGAUAGAAAGAUGGCAAGAGAGACAGCAGGGGGGCCCUCGCGCAGGAGCCUCAACCCGAUGGGCGAGCACACUAAUACCCGACUGUCAUCAGACAAUCAAUAUCACCGAAACUUCGACAACCCCACCAACAUAUCAAGUCGCUAGUAACGACUUGGUGCUGGACUUUCGACUGUUGUUCUUGAGAAAUCCACGCCAGGGAGAGGGGGAUGUGGUUAUCACUGUCGCCUGGCUGCAGCAGUAUGCGCAAAGAGUUUGGGAGGCCUAUGAUGAGGAGAUGGAGUAA